GCACUGGAGGAGGGGUGGGGGGCCUGGGUGGACCGCAGACACAGUUGCGCGCACCAGAAUACCCCCUCCACGUGGUUUUCAGAGGGCGCCAACUCCGCCCCCGCCCCGCCCCCUGUCCGCCUUUUUUCCCGGGUCCUGCAGUCCACGCUGGGCAGUGCAAACCCUGAGGACCAUGGAGGCAGCGGGGAGCGGUGCGGCCUUCUUCAAGAGAGGCAGCCUCUUCUGGUUCGCAGUGAUCACGGUGGCCUUCGGUUACUACACGUGGGUAGCCUUCUGGCCUCAGAGCAUCCCCUGUCAGAAACUUGGACCUCUCGGGCUCUUUACUCAGUACUUGGUGGAUAACCAUCUAGUACUCAUUCGUAACAUGUAUUGGUUUGCCUGGUUGAUUCAUGUGGGAGAAGCCAUAUAUGCUCUGAUACUGUGCAGUAAAAAGGGUAUCACAGAUGGCUGGGCUCGACUGUUAUGGUUCCUGCAAACAUUCCUCUUUGGGAUUGCUUCUCUCUCUGUCUUACUUGCAUAUAAACCUUACCAUCACAAAAAAAAGUAAAGAAGAAAUUAAAGGAG